AUGCGCGGGGGGGACCGCGCCGCGCCGGGCUGCGCCGGGCUGAGCCGGGCUGAGCCGUGCUCGGCCGUGCCGAGCCGUGCCCCGCCGCCCCCGCCCGCCCCCGCACCGCCCCGCACGGCAGCGGCGCCUCCGGGCUUCACCGCCCCAGCCCCGCAGGCUCCUUCCCCGCACUGCUCUCUGCUGGGGUGCUCACGGAGCUCUUCGGGGCUGUCCCACCUUCCUCUGCAGAGGCAGCAGGAGCGACGCCGGCAGAGGGCUCGGCAGCAGGAGCUGCUCCCGGCAGAGAUCCUGGGCAAGCACCCGCUGCAGAACAGAUGGGCGCUGUGGUUUUUCAAGAAUGACAAAAGCAAGAUGUGGCAAGCAAACCUGCGCCUUGUCACCAAAUUCAACACUGUGGAGGACUUCUGGGCGCUGUACAGUCACAUCCAGCUCGCCAGCAAGCUCACAGCUGGCUGUGACUACUCCCUCUUCAAGGAUGGCAUUGAGCCCAUGUGGGAGGACAGCCAGAACAAGCGUGGUGGGCGCUGGCUCAUCACCCUGGCCAAGCAGCAGCGGCACACCGAGCUGGACCGGUUCUGGCUGGACACACUGCUGUGCCUCAUUGGGGAGAUGUUUGAUGAGUACAGCGACGAGGUGUGCGGGGCCGUCAUCAACAUCCGCACCAAGGGGGACAAGAUUGCCAUCUGGACCCGGGAAGCGGAGAACCAGGAAGGGGUCACCCACAUUGGGCGUGUCUACAAGGAGCACCUGGGUCUGUCACAGAAGGUGGCCAUUGGCUACCAGGCUCAUGCGGAUACGGCCACCAAGAGCAGCUCCCUUGCCAAGACCAAGUUUGUGGUGUGA